ACAGUAUUAAUAGUAAAGCAAUAGACAGUACAGUACUGUAUAAUACAUAAUGUAAUGUAAUAUUGAGCUAUAAUUGUCUCAUUUGAUCACAUAUUUGCAGACAAUGUGUUUAAUUUUUUCAAAUUAGAUGUAAUUAUCAUUAGUUUAGUCCCUAAUGAUUGGUGCCAAUCAAAGUCAGACCACAGCCAAUACAAUGCCACCAAUGGGUCACAUCUCAAGACGCCAUAUGAGGGCUAAUGAGAUGAUUGAUACCAAAGAUUUUAUGGCCCGACCUUAUCAGGUUGAGUUAUACGAAGUGUGCAAAACUCGUAAUACAAUCGUAUGUCUGAAUACCGGCGGAGGAAAGACAUUCAUAGCAGUAAUGCUUAUUAGACACAUGUCGUGGCAAUGUGUCAGUGAUGGCAAACGUACCUUCUUCUUAGUGCCACUGAUUCCUCUGGUGUCACAACAGGCCUCAGUUAUUAAGACCCACACAGAUCUUAGAGUCGGUCAAUAUUCGGGCAGUGCUUAUGACGAAUGGACUAAAGAAGAAUGGGUUCAAGAGUUAGAAAAAUACGAUGUAUUUGUAAUGAUUGGAGAAAUUUUUCGAUCAAUAUUACAAAAAGGAUUUAUCAGUUUAUCGAAAGUUAAUCUCUUAGUUAUAGAUGAAGUCCAUCGAUCCGUUGGAAAUUCUCCGUACAGAGAAAUCAUGCGAAUGUUUGACACGUGUCCAGUCGACAAACAGCCGCGCAUUUUAGGAUUGUCUGCUAGUCUUAUCUUAAGUCAUGCCUCACCCGAUAAGAUCGACAAAAUGAUCACUGAAUUGGAAAAAACAACGAGAAGUACAUGUGAGACAGCAUCUGAUUUGCGGACAAUCAAUAAGUACGCCACCAAACCAUUUGAAGAGAUAAUAGAAUAUUUACCGUUUAAUAUGAAUAUAUCGAAGAAUAUACAUAUUCUUAAAUUAAUUGCCGAUUCUUGUAUUGCUUUCUUGGAGGACAUUGAUUAUGAAGCACUAGCAUUGCAGAAGAAUGUGGUGAGUGUUAAGACAUUAUGCAAAUCAAUUAAAGACACUUUAUAUGUGUUGACAACAAUGGGUGUUUGGUGCGCACAGAAGGUGUCUCAGCUCUAUAUACGAGAACUCUGUGAUACGGUUGAGAUGUGCCGAUCGUCUAAAUCUCAUUACACCGCCUUUAUAUCAGCCGUACUGACGGCUCUAAACGUAAUUGAGGUUCAAUUAAGUCAAUUAUUAAGUGGUUUAACACCAAAUGAAAAGCUAUUGCAAUAUACAUCACCCAAACUCUUGAAAUUGUCUGAAUUGCUUAAAUCUCAAUCAAAUAUUAUAAAUAAUACACAUCUUUGUUGUAUUAUUUUUACUGAACGAAGAUCUGUUGCUCGAGUUCUUUGUCUUUGGCUCCAAGAGUUGGUUAAAUCAGAGUCGAGUGAAUAUUCUCAUCUAAAAGUGGAUUAUGUUUUAGGUCACGGAAAUAGAGUCGGUAUCGGAGGAAAUGCUCUUUCAUUAAUGACAAGUAAAAAACAAGAAGAGACACUGAAAAAGUUUCGUUUGCAUGAAUCUAAUGUUUUAGUGGCCACUUCGGUACUCGAAGAAGGUCUUGAUAUUCCUCGUUGUAAUUUUGUCAUUAGAUAUGAUCUGCCGAAGACAUUCACAGAGUAUAUCCAAAGCAAAGGCAGAGCGAGAGCAGAGUUAGCUAAAUAUAUUAUAUUUGUCGAAAAGAGCAAUACUUAUGACAAAAUGAUUGAUAGAUUAAACAAAUACAGAGAAACGGAAGAUAUUCUCAAUAAGUGUUGUCAUAAUAGAGUUACUCCUUCUGAAGCAGAAGUUGACGAAAGCUUUGACGAUCAGCUUCUGGAGCCAUAUAUGCCUAACAAAGUGGAGGGUUCUGCCAGAGUUACACUUAAUUCUGCGAUCGCUAAUAUCAAUAGAUAUUGUCUUAAGCUUCCAUCGGAUUCCUUCACAAAACUUACGCCUCAAUACAGAAUUGAAGAGCAAUCGAGUGGUCAAUAUGUUUGUCGAUUACGACUUCCCAUAAAUUCUCAGAUAAGAAAUGAAAUAAUAAGUGUUGUUAUGCCUAAUAAAAGAACAGCUAAGAAAGCGGUUGCUCUUAAAGCCUGUGAAAUUCUUCAUAAAAUGAAAGAACUGGAUGAUAAUUUUUAUCCGGUUGGCAAAGAAGCCAUUGAUUUUGUAAAAGAACUUGGAUUAGAACCACCUGAAGUUGAAGGGGACAAAGCGAAUAAAGUAAAAGCACCGGGAACUGCUAAAAGAAGACAAUACUAUACCAAAUUGGUAGCCAAUGUGCUGAAGAACUGUCAGAUUGAGUCUCAUGUCAGGUGUUAUUUGUAUGAGUUUGCAAUGAAAUUGACUCAACCCAUACCUGAAGAACAAAACACAAGAGGUCGUCAAAUCACAGAUCCGGCCGACACUUCCAGAAAUUUUGGAAUUUUGACUACAAAUAAGGUUCCAAUGAUAUGUGAUUUUCCAGUCUUUACGCGUUCCGGUGAAGUGACGAUCAAAUUUGUUCCCAUUCGUGACGAUAUUUAUCUAUCGACACAACAAUAUGAAGAUCUUCUAAUUUUUCAUAACUUUACAUUUUGUGAUGUCCUUCGUUUAAUUAAAUACCCGCUUUAUUUUGAUUCAGAAAAAGCAAAUUCUAACCCAAUUGUUGUUCCGAUUAAUACAAUUUCAAACUCUGGUCAUAAAGAUAUUGAUUGGGAAUUUGUUUCAUCUAUCAAAAGAUAUAAAGACUUACCACCAGAUAGUCAAUCGAUUGAAAAGCGUAUGAAUUUUGAAUUUGAUGGCAAUAAAUACAAAGAUGCGGUUGUGAUCCCAUGGUAUCGCAAAGAUAAGCCGCAAUUUUUCUUUUAUGUGGCAGAGAUAUGCACUAAUUUGAACCCCAAGAGUCCAUUUCCUGAUGAUGGCUACGAAACUUUUGAAAAGUAUUAUUUAGGUAAAUAUAAUAUAGAAAUACUGAACAACACUCAACCACUUCUUGAUGUUGAUCAUACAUCUGCGAGACUCAACCUAUUGACUCCUCGUUAUGUAAACCGAAGAGGUGUUUCACUUCCAUCGAGUACUGCAAAAACUAAGAAAGAAAAACGAGAAAAUCUGCAACAAAAACAAAUUCUUAUACCAGAACUCUGUGAUGUCCAUCCAUUUCCCGCUUCUUUAUGGAGAAAGGCUGUGUGUCUGCCAUGUCUUCUAUUUAGACUCAAUUCAUUUCUAGUCGCAGAACAGCUUAGAACUCUUAUUGCUAAACAAACCGGUGUUGGUAUCGUUGAGCCCACUCCUGAUAUGUCUUGGCCUUCACUUGAUUUUGGAUGGACAAUGAUAACCAAUGAACAAAAUUGUGAGAUAAAUGACAUCGAAUCUAAACAAUUGUCUCAAUUACAGCAAUUAACUGAACCUAUUCAAGAAGUUUGGGAUUUUUCUACUGAAAACUUGUCUGUUGAAGAUAAUAGUAAUACUUUAUUGAUGAACAACGAGCAAAAUAAUGAACAAGACUUUCUUAUUGAUACAUUUGAUCCAAACAGUUAUAUUAUUUCUGAUGAUUUCGAUGAUGACAUAGAAGACGAAUUUAUAGAUAAUAAUUGGAUGUCUGAUAUACCGGUUAACAUAAUUGGCGGUCCAAAUGGAUUGCGUUCGACAGCAUUCACAAACAAUUGGCAAUUUGAUACCACAUCCAGUCUUCAAAGUGGUGUUCAGAUAAGAGAAUUGACAAAUAUUGAUGAUAGUAGUCAACAACUUUUGCCUGUACGGGUUGGAUCCCCUUCUGUUAUUAAUGGUUUGUCACAAAACAAUGCAAUUUCCAAUCGGGAAUGGGUUAUUGAUGAGCCAACAACUGUGUUUCCAAUUGGUGGUUGUGAUGCACCAGCAGUUGAUAUCAUAUCGAGUACACAUCAUCUUAACAUUGCGAGUCUAACUAAAGAUUUGGCCAAUUUUCCUGUCGAAGACUUUGAUAGCUGUGAUGGCUUCUCUGAUUUGGAUGAUAUAUAUAGUGAUGACGACGAAGAAUUUGAUAAUAAAGAAUGUGUUUCAAACAGUAAUAAUAAACAAAUUGGUUUCAAUUGUCAUAAUAAAAAUGAUAAAACUAAAAUUGCUGAUAUCUUAAGAUAUGAAUUGCUCACUGAAUGUGAUAACAAUGUUAUGCAACACAAAGAUGACAAUGAAAAACAAUUUCUUAAAUUAUAUAAAAAUAUUUGCAAUGAAGAAGAAAAGCUGACAGAAAUUAAGGAAAUGACAUAUAAUUCGAAUAUAAAAAGUGAUGAUUUAUCACAAGAAAAUGAAAGUCUUUCAGAAUUGGCUCAACUUUUUAAUGAUUAUUUAAUGGAUGAAAGGAAUGACUUAUUUAUGGAUCAGGAUUUUGAUUUAUCUGACGAAGAAACUGGUGAUGAAUGUCAUAAAACAUUCGAUAACUUUAAUGAAUUGAAUAUUAAUAAUAAUGAUAAACUUGGCGGAGAUAAAGAUGUCAAGACUAAUAUUGAUUCAGUCAGUUUUGGAGAUUUGUUGCCUAACCGUGAUUUGAAUGAACCGCCGGAAAAGCCCUUUAUAGAGAAUUUCGAUCCUUUAAAGUCAGACACCGAUAAAGUAGGUCCCAGUCCUUCACUUAUAUUACAGGCACUUACAAUGUCUAAUGCAAGCGAUGGCAUUAAUCUCGAAAGAUUGGAAACAGUUGGCGAUUCUUUCUUAAAGUAUGCAGUCACUGCUUUUCUUUACUGUGUCUGUCCCGGUAUACAUGAGGGUCGUCUUUCUUAUCUACGAAGUCGUCAAAUAAGUAAUUUAAAUUUGUAUCGAUUGGGAACUAAAAUAGGGAUCGGCCAGUUCAUGAUGGCUACCAAAUUUGAACCAAACGAUAAUUGGUGUCCACCCUGUUAUGCUAUUCCUGAAGGACUUGAAAAAGCAUUAAUUGAAUCAAAUGCUGACAACGAAUCAGCUGUUUAUGACAUCGGAAAGAUUAAAGGAUUAAACAAUUUGAAUGAACAACAAAUUAGAGAUCAAUUGAAAUUACAAUCAAAUAAAUCUCAAAAUAUAACAAUUCCUUACAACUUAUUGACUCAACAUUCAAUUCCUGAUAAAAGUAUCGCCGAUUGUGUCGAAGCAUUGAUUGGUGCUUAUCUGAUCUCUAGUGGUCCAAGAGGUGCUCUUCUAUUUAUGAAAUGGUUGGAUCUGAAAGUGAUGCGCAAUGAUGAAGAUGAUGACAUAGAUUUGAAUGAUCCUAUUUGGCAUUGGCUGCCAACACCUAAGUCACCACUUCUUACACCAUUUGACGAAAGCCUUAGCGAAGUCGAUAACUUGCAAACUGUUAGAAAGCAAUUGAAUGACUUGUAUUUGGGCCAAAAAUUAGACAAAUUUGAACGUAAAUUGGGCUAUGAAUUCAAAGAUAAGGCAUAUCUGGUUCAGGCGUUUACUCAUAAUUCAUAUUAUGAAAAUCAAGUGACAGAUUGUUAUCAACGAUUGGAGUUUUUAGGCGACGCUGUUCUCGACUAUUUGAUAACACGAUAUUUAUAUGAAGACCCCGCCGGUCACUCCCCGGGAACACUGACUGACUUGAGAUCAGCUCUCGUUAAUAACACAUUUUUUGCUUCAUUAUCUGUUAAAUACAAGUUUUACAAACAUCUGAAAAUGUUGUCAUUUGAUUUGUUUCGAGUUGUGAUGGCUUUUGUCGAUAAAUUCAAGAACAAUGACGAGAGAAAUAAUGAUUUCAAUCUUUUCAUAGCUGAAGGCGAAUCUGAAAAUGCAGAAGAUAUUGAAGUUCCCAAAGCAUUGGGUGAUAUCUUUGAGUCCGUUGCCGGCGCCAUAUACUUGGACAGUGGGAUGUCAUUGGAUGCCGUUUGGAAGGUUUACUAUAAGAUGAUGAAACCUGAAAUUGUUUACUUUAGUUCACAUGUGCCUAAAUCGCCAAUAAGGGAAUUGUUGGAAAUGGAGCCACAAAAUGCCAAAUUUGGUAAACCUGAGCUGAUAUCGGGUCGUAAAAUACGUGUUUGUGUUGAAGUGUUUGACUUCGGAAAGUUCUACGGAAUAGGACGUAACAAACGUAUCGCCAAAUGUACGGCCGCUAAGAGAGCGUUGAGAGCCUUAAAAAACAGGCGUUUUAACUAAUCUUAAAUAUAAUUGACUGUGAUUUUCAUAACAAUUUAAUUAAUUUAUUAUUUAAAAAAAACCGUCCCAUUGGUUACACCAUUUCACUCGAUAGUAAUAAUUGUGUAAUUAAAGCCAUGGGAGCCUUUUAAAGCAUUUUUUACAUUACAUUUAAUAGUUAUUCUC